GACACUUGAGCGGGACGGUCGUCAAGCUCGCAACAAAAUAAACAAUAAAAAAAUAUCGUUAACGAAAAUUCGAUUUAAAUUAAAGUGUUUGUGUAUUUUUUUUUUAUUUAAAAAGUGAUUCUUAUAGUGAUUGUUUUUAAGUGAAGUGGGUACACAACUUUGGAAGUUAGAGCUUUGUUGAAGCUUUCGAUUCGAAAUCUCAACCAAAGAAUGCCAUAAACACCAAAGAUGGCGACAAAAUCAAAAACAAUCCUACUAUUAAUAAUAACAAACUUCAUAAUUGCACAAACACAGUUAACAUCAGAAGAAAUUAAAACAAUAAAAGACAGCGAAGAAAUCACUGAUGACACAACAACGGUAGUAGAAGAAGAUGAUGUUAGAACUACUACAGAAUUCAGCGUAACUCCAGAAGAUGUUAAGGAUAAAGAAGAUGAACAGGAGAGUGCUGAGACGGUGACUGAAGAAACCAGUGUGGAUGUCACUGCUCCAAGCUCUUCAAAUGUGGUCGACGAUGUUGGAACUAUUGCUUCGAAUCUGAGUAAUAAUAUUGAAACGGUCACUAAGACUGAGACAGUUCAAAUGACUGCCACAACGAGGGCUAUAGAGGAGGAACCGUCUCCGAAGAUGCAGGAGACGGAAGAAGAAGAAUCGUCUGGUCAGAGGAACCCUAAGGCAGAUAAUGAUCCAAAACCACUGCUAGACAAGAGAAACUUCGACACCCAGCCCCCUUUCAAACCGCAGACCACUCGUUCCGUUGUUAGGAGCUGGCUACAAGACUGCUGCGUUAGACCACCAGCUGGUAUCAUGGUGCCUUUGAGAGCAGCUGCCUUGGCGAGGGCUUUAGCUGUAUGGAGCGACCUGACUGUACCAGCGCUGAAUUUAAGCCACGUUUUAGUUAUGGGGUAUGAUUCGAAUGGAGUCAACUGGAGAUCGAGACACAACCUUCAGCCAUCCAGUUCUUCAAGUGAGAAGACCGUUGCAGAAGCAUUAUCCAAGCUCUUACGAAAAUAUCAGGGUGUGAACACAGACACAACGAAUGACGGUACGAUGAGAGCUUUAUCGACAGCAGCCAAGCUGGUACCAUACGACAGUGCUCUCUUCAUCAUCACGGAUAAAGGACCUGGAGAUCCUCAGCGACUACCACUAGCUUUGAGGGCGCUGGUUGAAAAGCGGCUGAAGGUCUACACAAUAUGGACCGAUCCAGCUCACCCAUCACCACAGUCCGAAGAAGCUCUCCAGGAGUUGAGGAAUGUCUCCAAACACACGGAAGGAGAGGUCAUGCCGUAUCCACUACAAGUUAUGGACAUGGAAGGAUCAGCCAAUUUGGCUGCAGAGACUGAGCUGGAGCAAUGGAACCCCUUGGACCCUAAGCAGGGCAGACGAGGCAGAUUGCAUAACGACUUGGGGCUGGAGAAGUUUGACCUGCUGUUGGUACGUCGUGGGGGUGGACAAGCCAUAUCUCUAGGAGUUCCAGUGGAGAACGGAGUCACAGCGUUGAGGGUCUUCAUUGAGGGAGCCGUAGAACAUGCUGUACUGUACCCUCCUAAUGAUGCCCCUCAAAUCGACCUGUACAACACAACAUCAGUAGCCGCGUUCUCGUCCACAUCGAGAACCGAGGGUAUGUCUCCAAGAGACGUCUAUCUGAUCUUCCCUGGCACCAAGUAUGAUUUGGACAUGUUAUCCGUGCUACCGGUAAGUCCGAACAGACCAGAAGUGCAAGCAGCAUACGUGGGAAUGUGGCACCUCAGCGUCCGAUGUGACACUUGUGACUACCGGCUCAUGGUGUCUGCGAGAACCCAUAUACAUUUCGACGUGGAGACUGACACUCCUGAAACUCUCAAGUUCCGAGUAACGGGACCAGUAGCCAGCGUCAGGGAGUCGCAGCUGGUGGAUGAGUACAGCACGGAGCUGGCUAAACUACCAUUCAGCUACCAACCUAUAACUGGAGACGGUCAGAAUGAAGAGAUUGACCCCAUAGUGGAGCUGGUAGCUGAUGUUGCACUACCACCAGUGAAGGCAGCUAAGGUCUACGCCAAAAUCGUCGGCAGGGAUCUGAGAGGUGAACCAUUCAUGAGGUUAUCAGGACCUCUGAACCAACCAGAAAUUCGUAUGGGACGCUCAGCAUCUAUGGUGUAUUCUGACGCAUCAAACGACUUGGAAAAAAUGGACGAAUUUGAUACUAGGGCAUACAAUGCUCAACUGCUGUUUAAUCAGAACCAAAGUGCUCAACCCUACAGCAGAGCUAUGUCACAGGUUGUCAAUCAGCAAGGCAUAGUGCUAACUGCUGUUCAAAUUGGUCUGGCUAGCAGGUUAUAUGGAGCUCCAGGAGAGAGUUUACAGGUGCAUUUCGAAGUCACAAACUACAGAGAACAGUCAGUGAGAUUCAAUUUCGGAGCCACAGGAGAACUGAGAUUUUUGACUGGAAUCAAUCCUACUAGUCAAACCGUGACACCUGGACAGACAGUCAACGUGAUAGUAAGCCUCGUCAUAUCACCAUCAGCACAACCAGGAUUGAGAGACACCAUCACUUUUACCGCGUAUGGUUCAACAGGAGGCGAGCAAGUAUCCUUAUCCGCCUACGUCUACGUGGCCAAUUCAGCAGAACCUAUCGACACUUUUGCUCCGGAGAUAAGGCAUAACUUCCAGGGCACCUGUUUAGGUAGAACUGGUGACGACUGCGCUCAACAUGCUUGGUCCACCACUAUUAUUAGCAGGGAUAGUCAGUCAGGUCUUCUCCGGCUAACAUCAUCACCAGUAGGAGUCAUGUACACGAGUGACUUCAUCUCGGGAACCCGUCAAGAGGUCACAGCUACAUACAGAGCAUCUUGUUGCGCGCCACGAGUAUUGUUAAACGCCGUGGACGCUUUUGGCAACACGAAUAGCUAUAUCAUCGAUAGUUCUAACCACCUAACAGGGGCGGCGAUAGCGGCUAUCGUCCUCGGAGUUCUCCUGGCCAUAGCCUUGCUAGCCCUACUCAUCUUCCUCAUCGUAUGGUGCGUGAGGAAACGGAAGUCAUCACGAGAACUACCAUCAUACAAUACAUCGAGAAAUUAAAUCGAAAUUAUUGCAAUUUUGACAAUGAAACCACCUUCAUAAUAUGAACCUCUUUUAAACAAACAACAUUUUUAGACACACAAGCAUCGACAUAUACUAAUGGACAUGCCGUACGCGUAUAAUCUGCAGUCAUUUUUUGGUUUGAAAAGAGUGAGAGAGAUGGCCUAUGCUUUCGGUCUAGCGCUAUCUCUUUCUCGCUCAUAACGUCUUAACUACGGUACUAUUUCGAGAGAGAUAAAGAUAGACCGAAACUUCGUUUCCUCUCUUUCUUUCCGAGUGCCACAAUCCUCAUCUCUGAGGCAUGUCCAUUAGUAUACGUCGAUGCACACAAGAACUUUAAUUUUUUAAAAAAAAAAAGCAAUACUUCAAAAUUCCCUGUAGGUACAGGAAAAGAAUUACAAAUAAUUGACAUUCCUGUUUAGAUUUCACAUAAGACAAACAUUAGGAAGAGGUAACUAAAAAUGACGAGUUACUCACGUAAAUAAAUGAUGAAAAGCUCUACUAGAUUCGAGUAACAGAGGGCAGUGUGCGACGUCGCCGCGACCAAAUCAUCAUGAAUACAUGAGGAAGAGUCCCUCUGUGACUCGAAACUAAUAGAGCUAUUCUCAGUUUACUUGUGAGAGAAAUCGUUAUUUUUAAUUAAUUCAGGGUCGAUUAAUUUUUAUUUUAGUAAUAACUUUGAAUAUUUAACAAUUCUUCCAUA